AUGGAAGAGCCAGUUGUGUUUGACACCCCCGUGUCCGCACUCAAGAGGGACGACAAUGACGUAUAUUUGAAGUUGAAAAAAUUGGAGAAGGAGCUCGAGCUCUUGCAGUUACAAGAAGAAUACAUCAAAGACGAACACCGCCACUUGAAGAGAGAGUUGGUCAGAGCCCAGGAAGAGGUCAAGCGGAUCCAGUCGGUUCCGUUGGUGAUCGGACAGUUCUUGGAGCCAAUCGAUGAGAAUACUGGUAUUGUCUCGUCCACCACCGGGUCCAACUACGUGGUUAGAAUCUUAAGCACACUUGAUAGAGAACUCUUGAAGCCAUCGUCUUCGGUGGCUUUGCACCGCCACUCCAAUGCAUUGGUGGAUAUCUUGCCCCCAGAAGCUGACUCCUCCAUCUCCAUUGUGGGCGACGACCAGAAGCCAGACGUCACCUAUGCGGACGUCGGUGGUUUGGACAUGCAGAAACAGGAGAUCAGAGAGGCUGUCGAGUUGCCAUUGACCCAGGGAGAUUUGUACUCCCAGAUCGGAAUCGAUCCCCCCAGAGGUGUGUUGUUGUACGGCCCUCCUGGUACCGGUAAGACCAUGUUGGUCAAGGCCGUGGCAAACUCGUCCACAGCUUCAUUCAUAAAAAUCAACGGGUCUGAAUUCGUGCAGAAGUACUUGGGUGAAGGUCCAAGAAUGGUGCGUGAUGUAUUCAGAUUGGCCAGAGAAAACUCUCCUGCCAUCAUCUUCAUAGAUGAAAUUGAUGCCAUUGCCACUAAGAGAUUCGAUGCGCAAACCGGUGCCGAUAGAGAAGUCCAGAGAAUCUUAUUGGAAUUGUUGAACCAGAUGGAUGGUUUCGACCAGACCUCCACCGUCAAGGUCAUCAUGGCCACCAAUAGAGCCGACACCUUGGAUCCAGCGUUGUUGAGACCCGGUAGAUUGGACAGAAAGAUCGAAUUCCCCAACUUGAAGGACAGAAGAGAAAGAAGGUUGAUUUUCUCCACCAUUGCCUCCAAGAUGGCCUUGGCUCCUGAGGCCGAUUUGGACUCCUUAAUCAUGAGAAACGACCCAUUGUCCGGUGCAGUGAUAGCUGCGAUCAUGCAAGAAGCUGGUUUGAGAGCUGUCAGAAAGAAUAGGUACAUGAUUUUACAGAGUGACUUGGAAGAAGCAUACACUUCUCAAGUCAAAACCGGUACUGAACAUGAUAAGUUUGAUUUCUAUAAGUAG